AAUGGUUUACUGCGGUUUCAGAGUUUGUUGAGAAAAGGCAUAAAAAUAUUUAUUGGGUAAAUCUGCAUAGCGCGGGCGACUCUAGUGAGUUUACAGAGAUCUGCUAAGCCGCAAUCAAUGCAUCAUAGACUGAAUUAUACUCACAUUUUAACACUGGAUAUAGGGACAUUCUCACGGAAGGUGGAGAGGAUACAGAACACCUGUUAAAGACGUAUCUAAAAUGAACCGAUAAUCCAGUUUGAUUUUGAAAAUGGCAUAACAUGGCAUUGUUCCGAAUGAAAAUCGCACCAAGCAUCUGCUUCGCCUGAUUCCUUCAUAAAAACGACUCGUAUUAUAUGUAGUUACAAGCAUGGAAGAUUUUGAUCAUUUUCAUCAGCAAAUUGAAGAUUUUCUUAGCGAGUUUAAAAACAAAUCGAAAAACCUCUCCGCUGUUGCUGCGUUUAACUUACAUAUAAAGACUACAGCAAACGAUACAAAUGUGACGAAAAUCGAGAACGACUCAAAUAAACAUGUCGUCGGAAACAUCAUUUUGAUAACAGCAUAUACCAUUUUGAUGUGCAUUUCCUUAUUUGGAAAUAGUAUUGUCUGUUACGUCAUCGUUCGUAAUAGAAGAAUGUAUACCGUGACCAAUUUUUUCAUCGCCAAUAUGGCAAUAUCGGAUCUGUUUGUCACAUGUUUCAAUGUUCCAUUUAACAUUGCAAGACAUUUACUUGAUGAAUGGCCAUUUGGAGAUUUUAUAUGCCAUCUGAUGAAUUUCUCAUUGAUGAUAUCAGUGUAUGUAUCCACAUUUACGCUGACCGCCAUCGCACUAGAUCGUCAAUAUGUUCUUCUUUAUCCGCUAAAGCCUAGAAUAACCAAACGUUCAGGAUUAAUCAUUUUGGCCUUUAUAUGGGUAAUAUCUUUUCUCUUGUCAUUGCCGUAUGGAAUUUAUACUGAAGUGUCCGAGGUCAACUUCCUGUUAAGAAGAGUGAAAAGAUGCAGAUCUAAUUUUCCGGAACCGAAAGAAGAGUUUGAGAAGACAUUGACUAUAACAACAACAAUUAUACAAUAUUUUAUUCCCUUAACCAUCAUAGGGGUUUCAUACGGACGGAUAGUGAGGAAGUUAUGGCGCAGAACCCAUCUUGGCGCAGUCACGCACUCACAACAACGAUCUCAAAAUAAGGCAAAACGCAAAAGUAUAAAACUAUUAAUAACAGUGGUGGUUGUAUUUGCGCUUUGUUGGAUGCCCUUGAAUUUAUAUCAUAUACUGACCGAUUUUCAUCCUAAUACCAGCGUCUUUCAAUACAACAGUACAGCGUUCUUUGUUUUUCAUUGGAUAGCCAUCAGCAGCACGUGCUACAACCCUUUCGUUUAUUGCUGGAUGAACGAAUCAUUUCGAAAAGAGGUAAAGUCCUGUAUAGAUGUUUGUUUCAGAUCUUGUCAAUCAGAUCCUGGAAACAACAAAAAUGGUUUCUUGAGCCGGAGAAAUUUCUUUAAUCGGUACAGUCUGAAAACAAUGUCGACGAUUUUACGACCAAGUUCCACCUUCAGUACCAUUCCGUAUUCUACCAAAUCCUGUCUAGAUUCCUCAGGCAAAUCCAAGGACGACAUUCCUUUGUUUGAGACGAAUCACACUGUGUUUUCAGAUAUUUCAAAUACAUAACCCGGUUCUUGUUAAACUUUCCCACGAAAUAUUCCAUCCAAUUUUAUUCCAUGUUUACAGCUUUGUUAAAAAUGAAGAAAUUGUAUGUUUCUGUUGACCAUUUAACGGUAGAGGUGUCCUGUUCUGUCUCAUUACUUCUCUUUUAAUCAAUGUUUGUAUAAAAACUGC